AUGUCUGACUAUUUGAUACCAAAGAAAGCUACUAAGUACAUAUUUGCUGAGGAGAAUAUAAAAGUUAAAGAGAACUAUAAAGAUUGUCCGCUAUGGGUUAAUUUUGAUGGACUAGUAAUUCUUGAAACAUUUCAACCAAAUUCACAGAAAGCCAUUGAUUUUCUUAUAGCAAUUUCAGAACCAGUCUCAAGACCUGAAUUAGUACAUGAAUAUCAAAUAACUGCCUAUUCUUUAUACGCAGCUGCUUCAGUUGGUUUAAACACAGAUCAAAUUCUUAAUACAUUACAGAAGUUUUCUAAGAACAUAAUCCCUAAUGGAGUUAAACAUUUCAUUACUGGUUGUACAUUAUCAUAUGGAAAGGUUAAAUUAAUAAGAGCGCAUACAAGAUUUUAUAUUGAGACAUUGAAUGAAGAUGUUUUUAAGAUUAUUUCAACAGAUCAAAUAUUAAAGAAUCUAAUAGUUACGUUGAAUAGCGAGAAUUUUCUUAUUGAAAUAAAUAAUGUUGAGAUGGUUAAGAAAAGAUGUAUUGAUAUUGAUUAUCCACUUGUGGAGGAAUUUGAUUUUUAUAAAACUGAUCACAUGCCAAGUUUAGAAAUGGAUCUCAAAUCAACCUGUCAAAUAAGGUCAUAUCAAGAAAUUUGUUUAAAUAAGAUGUUUGGUAAUGGAAGAGCAAGAUCAGGAAUUAUAGUACUGCCAUGUGGUUCCGGAAAGACGUUAGUUGGUAUAACUGCAAUAUCUACGAUCAAGAAAUCAGCUAUUGUAUUAUGUACUUCAGCUGUGUCAGUAGAACAGUGGAAAAAGGCACUAUUACAAUUUACAACAAUCAAAAAUUCACAAAUAGUAAGAUUUACAUCAGAUAAAAAAGAAUGGUUGGAAGAUGUGGAGGCAGGUAUUAUGAUAACCACAUAUUCCAUGUUGUCAUUUACAGGUAAAAGAUCAUUAGAAUCACAGCGAAUAAUAACAAAAAUAUCAGACCACGAGUGGGGAAUUAUGGUGAUGGAUGAGGUACAUGUAGUACCAGCUCAAAUGUUUAGAAAGACAGUUUCCUCAGUAAGUCAUUAUUGUAAAUUAGGUUUGACAGCAACACUUGUACGAGAAGAUGACAAAAUUGAAGAUUUAAAUUUUUUGAUCGGUCCAAAACUAUAUGAGGCAGAUUGGCAAGAUUUAAGUUUAAAAGGACAUAUUGCAAAAGUAGAGGGAGCUGAAGUAAGAUGUAAUAUGACAGCAGAGUUUUAUAGAGAAUACUUAAUACAGAACAGUUCUAGAAAAAGAAUUUUAGCAAUCAUGAAUCCUGUUAAAUUUCAAAUAUGUGAAUAUUUGAUUGAUAAACAUGAGAAAAGAGGAGAUAAAAUAAUUGUAUUUAGUGAUAGCGUAUUAGCACUUAAAGAGUAUGCAGUAAGAAUGGGAAAACCUUACAUUUAUGGACCAACAUCUCAGACUGAGAGAAUGAAAAUCUUAAAACAAUUUCAAACUAAUCCAAGAAUAAACACAAUCUUUCUUAGUAAAGUUGGAGAUACAUCAAUUGAUCUUCCAGAAGCUACGUGUCUGAUACAAAUUUCAAGUCAUUUUGGCAGUAGAAGACAGGAAGCUCAAAGAUUAGGUCGUAUUUUAAGAUCAAACAAAAGAAAUGAUCCAAAUUUUAGAGUUUUUUUUAUUCACUUGUAA